UGUGGUUAUGUGAUUCUGUGUUGUCGUAUUGUGUUGUGUGGUUGAGUUAUACUCGGUUGUGUUGUGUGGUUGAGUUAUACUCGGUUGUGUUGUGUGGUUAUGUGAUUCUGUGUUGUCGUGUUGUGUAGCUGGGAUGGGAUGCUCCCCCUGGGGUCAGGUGACUAACACAGAUGAGACGGGUCAGGUCAGGAUCUACACCCAAUCAGUGAUCAGAGCCCUGCAGGACCACCUGUUAUCCACUGACCCUGAGCUGGGAGGACCACUGGAGAACCUGGAUGUAGGUUACAGUGGUCUGUCCUCUCACUGGGAGUCCAGGGUGCUACAGGGUUCCAUCAUGGCUGCAGCCCUGGGGGAUCCAGCUGUGGUGCGUGUCGACCCGGUCACCCUGGCCGCCCUACAGGACACGGGCUGGUACUCUGUCAACCACAGCCGAGCACAGAGCCUGGUGUGGGGAAAGGGUGAGGGAGCAAUGUUUGGAUUACUGUCCACCUGCCAUGACAACUCCUCCUCAUUUUUCUGCACGGGCAGUGGUUUAGGGUGUCAUUAUCUUCACCGCCACAAGGGGGAGUGCCAGACUGACCCUCACCUGGACGGAUGCCGCAUUUACAAACCUCUAAUGAGUGAGUGCUGGAAAGAGGAGAACGAGAGAGAGACUGAAACAGAGUGGAGUGGAGAGUUGUACCGCAUAGACAGCCGAUGCUUCUUCUCUAACCUGAGCAGAGAGAACGUCUCCCUGUCUGUCAGUGACUCCGUGGUGGGGCGUUGUUAUAGACACAGGUGUACUGGGCUGAACCGCUAUCAGAUACUGGUGUCGGGCUCUGACUGGUUGGACUGCCCAGUAGGAAGCACCAUUCAGGUGACAGGAUACAAGGGUUUAGUGUUCUGUCCUGACAAGAGGUUGUGUUAUUACCCUGACAUUGGUCUCUCCAUCGACAACCAGGACCCCCACUCUCCAGCUGCCUCUACUACAGGCACAGUGACUACUGAGAACGAUCCCCUGUUACAUCAGAACACAAUCCCUGACCCGAGCCUGACCUUUGACCCUGGCCCUACUUGUGCAGAACCAGGGGUCAGUACAGACUCCACGUUGGCUCCAGUGCUUCUGUCUGUCUCCUGGCUGCCCUGA